AUGGACACAGAAGGCCGAGGAGAGAGAAUCGGACAUCGAGCAUGCUAUCACGCAUCUUGUCUCUCUCCUCGUCUGUCGCCUUGCUGUACUUCGGCGUCGAUUCUUGUUCGUUGCUUCUGUUUUGCGCGCUUCUCGCCUCUCCCGUUCCGCUCCCUUUUCUCCUGCUUCCGUUCUUCCACAACUCCAACUCUGUCCUUCCCUCUUAAGCGCAGUCCGUCUCUCUGCAUAUCGGUGGACGGCUUUUCGCUGCUCCUCUCUCCUCGCUGCAGAGCUGCGAGCCUGCGUCGCUGUAUAUCCUCCUUCCCCUUUGGCUUUUCUCCUCUUGGCCUUUGGUUUUUUUUUUCCAUUCUUUGGCACACCUCCGCCGUCGCCAAAAUGGUGAAAGUGAAGGUGAUCCACCGGAAUCCCGCGGACUACGUCCAACAGAAGCCUGGCCAGCUUCAGCGCGUCGUCCGAAAUUUCGAUCCCCAGAUGCACCCCUUCGAACGCGAGCGUGAAUACACGCGCGCGCUGAAUGCGGUUAAACUGCAAAAGAUGUUUGCCAAGCCUCUGCUCUUCUGCAUGGAGGGCCACCGCGACGGAGUUAAGACGAUGGUCCGAGCAAAGAGCCAGGCGACUUCCUUGUGGACGGGAAGCUGCAACGGCGAGGUGGCGGAGUGGAACCUCGGGGCGACGAAGAAAUGCGUGAAGGUGUUUCAAGCGCAUGAUGGAUUCGUUCGAGGGCUCUGCGUUUCGCCCAAAGACAACCGGCUUCUUACUGGCGGUGACGAUCGACGAAUCAAAGUGUGGCGCCUCAGAGCUCCGUCGGCACCCCUCUCCACGCUGGACGUUGCAGAGCUCGAGCUUCAGGCUUCAUCGGCUCUGCGCCGAAGCCGUGCAGAGAACAACGAAGAAGAGGCUGCCGACGACGACGGGCAGACAGCGCAUGCAGUUCCCGCCUUGAUAGACCAAACGCCCACGACCGUCUUCACUUCUUCCUCUGUGGUCACGUGUCUCGACCAUCACUGGUCUAAACCUCUUUUCGUGGCUACCGGCGAAGAAGUCGCCGUGUGGGAUGUCAAUCGCUCGACGCCUCUCCACAGCUUCCAGUGGGGAUGCGACAUUAUCCACUGUGGUCGGUUUAAUCCGUCAGAAACCGGCCUUAUUGCGGCAACGGGCGCAGACUGCUCUGUCGGGCUCUACGACAUUCGGGCAAACACUCCGAUUCGCAAAGUGCUUAUGAAGAUGAGAAGCAAUGCCAUUUGCUGGAACCCGAUGAACCCUCCGAAGUUCACCGUCGCAAGCGAAGAUCAAAAUCUGUAUACGUUCGAUAUGCGGAAGCUCUCGGCGCCUUUAAUGAUCCACCGAGAUUUCGUUAAUGCAGUGCUAGACGUCGACUACUCUCCCACUGGCCAAGAAUUCGCUGCCGCUUCUUUCGACGGCACGCUAAGAAUUUUCAAGGUCGACGAAAGCCGAAGUCGUGAUGUGUACCACACCCGGCGAAUGCAAAGCGUCUUAUGCUGUCGAUACUCUACAGAUUCGAGAUUUGUCAUUUCGGGUUCGGCGGACAUGUGCGUCCGAGUCUGGAAGACGGAAGCUGCUGCGCAGCUAGGACCACGGACACACCGAGAACGACAAGCCAUUGCGUAUCGCAAGACUUUGACGGAGAAGUUCGCUCACUUAAAGGAAAUAAAGCGCAUCGCAAGAUACCACCACGUGCCAAAACUAAUCAAGAAGACGCAGGAAAAGAAACGCGAGAUGGCCGACGCACGGCGACGAAGGGAAGAGAACCGGCGGAAGCACUCGAAACCUGGAGCUGUUCCUUAUGUGUCUGUCAAGAAGAAGGCUGUUUACAACGAGGUGGAAUGA